AAAUUUGAAAGGCAAAACUUUUCCUAGAAAAAAAAAAGCCACCGGAUUUUUGGAGUUAAGGCACAGACUUUUGACCAAAUUUAACAUUGCCCCCCAAUCGAGACUAGUCUGCGCCGUUCUCCGCCUUCCCCGCCCUCCGACCUUUGGCGCUGACCACCACAAAAAAUCUUUUGUAAUCUGAGGGCAGGGCGCACGGGCACCUCAUCUUCCUAUUCAUUGAUUUUCUUCAAUUUCUUCUACUGUAACUGUGUCGGUGUAAUUCAUAAACAAAAAUAAUAAAAUUAAAUAAAUUGUCAUGGAAUUAUCGUGUUCGCCACCGCUAUCGGUGAAUUUUAUCCCAAAUCGGCGUUUUUCGGUAUCGAAUAACCACCGGAGAUGUCAAAAAGUUUUUUCUUUAUUGCCAAAUUACCCUGCCUUUCCUUCCAAUAUUUCCACACCGACCACUGUCUGCAGCAGUUGUUCUUCAUCCUUUUCGUCCUACUUUGGAAGUUCACUUUCUCAACGUGGCUGCAGGAAAAAUUCAUUUUCUAUCAAUAAGGGAAAACGAUCAUUUUAUGUAGUUUCUGGAGUUUUUGAGAGAUUUACAGAAAGAGCAAUUAAAGCAGUGAUGUUUUCGCAGAGAGAAGCCAAGGCGUUAGGCAAAGACAUGGUGUUUACUCAGCACCUUUUGCUAGGUCUUGUUGCGGAGGAUCGGGACCCAGCUGGGUUCUUGGGCUCUGGCAUUAGAAUUGAUGCUGUGCGUGAAGCUGUGCGAAGCAUUUGGCAGAAUGAAGAUGAUAAUGGGGAUGAUAGUGGGAGUGUUGCUCAAUCGGAGACAUCAUCAACGGAUGUGCCGUUCUCUGUGAGCACGAAGCGUGUUUUCGAGGCUGCAGUUGAGUACUCGAAGACUAUGGGGUAUAACUUUAUCGCGCCCGAGCAUAUUUGGAUUGGAUUGUUCACUGUUGACGAUGGCAGUGCUGGCCGAGUCCUCAAAAGAUUAGGGGCAAACGUAAAUAAUUUGGCAGCAGCGGCAGUCUCCAGACUCCAAGGGGAGAUGGCAAAAGAUGGAAGAGAACCACCUACUGCUUUGAAAAGGUCGCGUGAGAAUUUCUUCCUGGAGAAAGCUCCUCAUGCGAGAUCACUGGAAAAGUCAAGAGAUAAAAAAGCGCUGGACCUAUUCUGUGUGGAUCUUACUGCCCGUGCUAGCAAUGGACUUAUUGAUCCUGUGAUUGGUCGAGAAACUGAAGUCCAGAGGAUCAUUCAAAUUCUUUGCCGAAGAACCAAAAAUAAUGCAAUUCUUCUUGGUGAAGCUGGCGUGGGGAAAACGGCAAUUGCAGAAGGCUUGGCAAUACUAAUUGCAGAUAAUAAUGUUCCCUAUUUUCUCUUGAAAAAACGCAUAAUGUCCUUAGAUAUUGGUCUAUUAAUCUCUGGAGCAAAGGAAAGGGGUGAGUUGGAGGGACGUGUUACUACAUUAAUUAAGGAGAUUAAGAAGUCAGGCAAUAUUAUUCUCUUUAUUGAUGAGGUCCACACAAUUAUUGGUUCUGGCACGGUUGGACGAGGAAAUAAGGGAUCUGGUCUAGACAUAGCUAAUUUAUUGAAGCCGUCACUUGGACGGGGUGAACUGCAGUGUAUUGCAUCUACAACGAUGGAUGAAUUCAGAUUGCAUUUUGAAAAGGACAAGGCAUUGGCCCGAAGAUUUCAACCUGUCUUGAUAAAUGAGCCAAGCCAGGAGGAUGCAGUUCAUAUACUGUUGGGCUUGAGUGAAAGAUAUGAAGCCUAUCACAGAUGUAGAUUCACUUUGGAGGCCAUAAAUGCUGCUGUACAUUUGUCAGCUAGGUACAUCCCCGAUAGAUAUCUUCCUGAUAAAGCAAUUGAUCUUAUAGAUGAGGCAGGAAGUAAAGCCCGUAUGGAAGCGUCUAAGAUAAGAAAGGAACAGCAAACCUGUAUACUUUCAAAGUCGCCAAGUGAUUAUUGGCAAGAAAUUAUAUCUGUUCAGGCUAUGCACAAAGUGGAACUGGCUAGAAAACUGAGUGAAAAUGGCAACGAGUCUACGGAGGAGGAUAGUAGACUCACUUUUGAAUCUUCAUUGGCUUCCACGUUUAAAAAUGACGAGCCUACAGUGGUUGGACCUGAGGAAAUAGCAGCUGUUGCUUCUCUCUGGUCAGGGAUUCCAGUUAAGAAGCUUACAGCUGACGAAAGAAUGCUUCUGAUGGGUCUUGAUGAACAACUAAAAAAUCGGGUUAUUGGUCAAGAUGAGGCCGUUGCUGCCAUUUGUCGGGCUGUAAAGAGAUCCCGUGUUGGCUUGAGUCAACCAGAUAGACCAAUUGCAGCAAUGCUCUUCUGUGGCCCCACUGGUGUGGGAAAAACUGAACUCACCAAAGCUUUGGCAGCAAGCUAUUUUGGUUCUGUAAGAACUUCUGCACUUAAUUAUUUUCUGUUUCUAACUAAAUUUUCAUUUCAUAUAUACAUUAAUUUAGGAUUCUCAAAGUAAUCAUUAGCUUUGUUCUUCUAAAAAUAUUAGUAACUUUUUUAAGGGGAAUGGUAUUGUAUCCCACGAAAUAUGUGAAUAAUAAAUGGAUAGUAGUUAUGAAUGUGUGGUUGAAAUUAAUGUUUGGACUUUGAGCAAAUAAAAAAUGGAAAUUAUUAGUAACUUUUUAGGCAACACGAACAGAGGCAUUAUUUA